AAAAACAAUCACUUGUUCCGUUAGGUUAUGACGUUAUACAUAAAUUGUAAUUUAUAUUUAUAGAAAAAUCACUUUGUAUUUGUACGUGAAUUUACAAUUAGUGAACUGAAAUUGAUAUAUGUGUUCUAGUGUAACAAUUGAAUAACAUAUCACGUUCAAUAACAUACAGUUAAAUUGUUAAUCUCAUUUUGCCUACGUGUUUGGUGAUACGUUCAAAAAUUAAUAACAAACUGCAUAAGGUUAUGUUUUAUUGUCUUAUAUACAAGUGAAAUCCGGCUCGAUUAUGAAUAAGAAACCUAUCAGAACUGGUCCCAAGAUAAGGAUAACGCGACCAGCGAACCGAACGAGGAAAAUCGACGAGAGUGUCGUCCCGUCCCCCAAAGUUAUCGACGAGCGCAGCUAUAUUUACACAUGUCAGUAUUGUGGCCUAAAAUUUACGCAGAACAGUCAUUUCUUCCGCCACAUGACCUCGAACCACGAGACUCAGCAACGCCAAGCGACAUACGAGUGUAACGAUUGUCAACUUAUUUUCAACAAAAAAUCCAAGUUGGAUGUACAUUGCAAGACGCAGCACCAGAUUAAGAGCAAGUCCAAAUGCGAGAUGUGCUCCAUAACGUUCAAAUCGCGCUAUUGUUUACGGCGACAUUUAAAAAUAAAACAAUUGAUGCAGGAGAACUCGUGUUUGAAAUGCCAAAAGAAGUUUUUGUGCAAAGAGCAGUUGGCUAAACAUAUACAGAACAAGCACACGUUUAAAAACGUUAUAUUCCAAUGCGACCUUUGUUUGUUGAAAUUCAAGGUCAAAGGGUCAUUGUUGAGUCAUUUAAAUAGAAUACAUAAGAGGUUAUGAUAAUAUCAGAUUGUUUAGUUAUAGCAUUAAAUAUACUAAUAACCUAGUAAA